GGCAACGGCUCCAGGCAGCUCCGCGCGCCUCAGCCCGCCCGAGACCCGUCAUCGAGAAUCCUGUUCUCUCCUCGAGCCUACGGGUCCAGCAAGACUAUGAAUCUCUGUUCCAAAUGCUUUGCUGAAAAAAGAAAUCCACACAACGAAAAAGAUUUCCAGAAGAAACAGCCAGACGAUGACUCUACACCCAGCACAAGCAACAGCCAGUCAGAUUUGUUCUCUGGGGAAACGGACAGUGACAACAGCAAUACCUCUCUAACCACGCAGGCCGCUAACUCCAACCAGCAACUUUUGACAGAACUGAAUGUAACUUCACCGAGCAAAGAGGAAUGUGGGCCAUGCACAGGUACAGCUCAUGCCUCGUUAACCACACCAACCAAAAGAUCUUGCGACUCAGAUUCACAGUCGGAGAGUGAGGCUUCUCCCGUGAAGCGGCCACGGCUACUGGAUGACAGUAAUGACAGGCCUGAGGAAACCAGUCGAUCCAAACAGAAGAGUAGACGCCGAUGCUUCCAGUGCCAAACGAAACUGGAGCUAGUACAGCAGGAGCUGGGAUCAUGUCGCUGUGGUUACGUGUUCUGCAUGUUGCACCGCCUGCCCGAACAGCACGACUGCACGUUCGACCACAUGGGCCGCGGGCGCGAGGAGGCCAUCAUGAAAAUGGUGAAACUGGAUCGCAAAGUAGGGAGAUCUUGCCAACGCAUUGGCGAAGGAUGUUCCUGAGUGCAAGACUGCAACCAAAUGCUGUUCUCUUAGUUCACUAAUGUUAGCCUUAUUUAGGACAAAGUCAGCCAGACACCUUGUACUAGGCAAGUUUCAGACUACAGCCAAUCAGUUUCCUUUCUUUAGCCAACCGUCCUGGUACUGUAGUUUAGGGAUUGAUGGUGGUUGAAAUUGAUCUCUGGCUGGUUACUGAGGUGCCUGCUAGCCACCGUAUAAAAAUAAAACAUGAAGAAAUAUUAUUUUUGAGUAUGGCUAGUGGAUUUAAA